AUCCAGCUAAGCUAGGCUACCUUAAACCCAGUCAAACCAACUUUCCCUUUCUUUAAUUUUUCCUAUUUCAAAGUAAAUAAUUAAUUUAAUGAGGUAAAAGAGAGAGAAGAAAACACGUGGAACUCAAUUGUAGCCUAGAAAGUCGAGUAACACAGGCAAAGCCUGGCGUCAAACUUGAAGAAAUUUGAGCCCAGACAAUGCUUACUUGGUUCACAAGAAUUGGAUACUUAAAGAAAGAAUUUCAAUGGUAAGGUAAUUUCAAAAAUAAAAGAUUCUAAUAAGGGUAAAGAAUACCAGAAACAAAAGUUAGAUCAAGAAAAAGGCCACUGACCCUAAAAAGGCUCUACUUAAUGAAAUUCAACCCAAAAAAAUAAAAAUAAAAGUUAAAUAAUCAUUCAAUUAAUAAUUUUAAGUCAAGGAAAAAAACAAAGUGAAAGAAAGUCAACCUUCUUUUGUUACGGGCAGGAAUUUGCUAGUUGUACUUCACCCCAACAAAGAAACACUUAUUAAAUUCCCCAUCAAUCCUCUCUCCAAGAAUCUCCCAUUUCUCUCUCUCUCUCUCUCUCUCUCUCUCUCUCUUUAUAUAGAUAUAGCAAGCAACUCUACUUCAAGAAAACUCCUCACUCUCCUCAUAUUUCUACCCUUCUUUUUUCCUAUAAAGAAUUCAGAAUUCUUCCCUUCUUUUUCUUUUUUCUUGCAUCUCCAAUCUAAAACACACGCCACAUAUACAGUUAGUGUUAUAGCAGAUAUGGUGGUGGCAUCUCCAACUCCAUUAGCUCGCAGUGAAAAAAUCCAGGCCAUGGAGCUGCCAGUAAUAGACUUGUCAUCGGCUGACAGAUCAAAGCUAUCAAAUCUUAUUGUUAAAGCUUGUGAAGCUUGUGGUUUCUUUAAGGUGAUUAACCAUGGCGUUCCUCAAGAGGUUAUUGCCAAAAUGGAACAGGAAGGCGUAAACUUCUUUGCUAAACCUGUACUUGAAAAGCAACAGGCUGGACCAGCUAUUCCUUUUGGCUACGGUUGCAAAAGCAUUGGCUUUAAUGGUGAUACGGGAGAAGUUGAAUAUCUUCUUUUCAAUACCCACCCUCACUCCAUUGCUCAAAGAUCCAAAACCAUCUCUAAUGACCCUCUAGAGUUCAGCUCUGCUGUGAGUGGAUACAUAGAAGCAGUUAGAGGAGUGGCAUGUGAGAUAUUAGAUCUGAUGGCAGAGGGGCUGGGGGUCCCAGACACAUCAGUGUUUAGCAGGCUAAUCAGAGACGUUGAGAGUGAUUCAAUUCUCAGGCUCAAUCACUACCCAUCUAUCCCUACUGCUGCUGCUACUACUAUUCUCUGCACCAGCAACAGCAGGGAUAAGGACACGUCACCUUCUUACAACAACAAUAGAGUUGGCUUUGGAGAGCAUACGGAUCCUCAGAUCUUAACUCUGUUAACAUCCAACGAUGUGGGUGGCCUUCAGAUUUCCUUAAAUGACGGUGUCUGGGUCCCAGUUUCACCUGAUCCCACUGCUUUCUGUGUUAAUGUUGGUGAUGUAUUACAGGCUAUGACAAAUGGGAGAUUUGUGAGUGUUAGGCACAGAGCCCUAACCAAUUCAGACAAGGCAAGAAUGUCAAUGGCCUAUUUUGCCGCACCACCUCUCCAUGCCAGGAUCAGUGUACUGCCUGAGAUGGUCUCACCCAUUACUCCUUCCUUGUACAGGCCUUUCACUUGGGCUGAGUAUAAGAAAGCUGCUUAUUCUCUACGACUUGGAGAUAGCCGUCUUGAACUAUUCAGGAAGCAAGGAGAAGAGGUUGCUUGAUGAUGAUGAUGAUUAUCAUAAGCUGUCCGUUAGUUACAGUCGUAAAUGCAUGGUUGAUGUCAGUAUGUAUCCCUGAUGGGGAAUUUUGGUUACAUCUCAUAGUUUUUACUGCUUAUAGAAGGAAAAUCAAGUAGUUGCCGUGUAGUUUGGAGAUGGGUGAAUGGUUUCUGCUAGUCCAGUUUAGUAA